UUCUUAGUCCACCUAGUUAGACAGUACCCGACCCGAACUCUGCAAACGCAUCAGGCUAGGGUUUAAGCGUCCGCAAUCUACCGCCAAUCCAAAGAUUUUGGAACCAUAAGAUGGGCAAGAAGAGUAAAUCUAAGACUCCUAAAGAGGUUAAAGAAGAUAGUGUUGUAGAAAAGACUGUUGUGGAAGAAGAGAAACCUACAUCUUCUGCAAAAAAGACUACUAAGCCUGCCUCUGUGAUUGAUGAGAUAUUCGCCGGGAAAAAGAGGAAGAAAGCUGAAGCCGAAAAGGCUAAAAAGAAAAAUGAAGAGGCGACUGAAAAACCCAACAAGCCUAAGAGAAAGAAGAAGAAAGAUUUAGGCUUUGAAGACGGUGCAUUUGUGGAGCCAAAUUCUGGGUCAAAAAAGAGAACAAACGAUGGCCUUGCUAUCUAUACAGAAGAAGAGUUGGGUAUCAACAAAGCAGAUGCUGGAAGCACCCCUCUUUGUCCAUUUGAUUGUUCUUGUUGCUUCUGAGGCUCCUUACAACUCACUGAGGAUUUGUAUGCUUGGAGAUUUUGUUGUUUUGAAUCGAGGAUAGUUGA